GUUAUCCUGUUUUGCACCUCACCAAUACACCUCUAACAGUGUCGACACAAGGACGACGACGAUAUGGCGGGUGUGUUCGAUCUGGAGCUGCACGAGGAGGAGGAGGUCCUUCACGACUCGGAUGACGACGUUAUCGAGAUCGAGGAUGUCGACCUCGAACCCGAACUUCACAUUAACACAAAUCUAGACACCGAAGGAUCUGAAACGAUACCACUGUCGGAGGAUAUUAUAAAUCCCGGACGCAUCAAGCUAGGACCGCAAGAUUUCGAGCUAAAGAAAGUAUUAGGAAAGGGUGGAUAUGGUAAAGUCUUCCAAGUCAGAAAAACCACUGGUGCUGAUGCAAAUUCGUACUUUGCGAUGAAGGUGUUAAAAAAAGCGUCGAUAGUUAGAAAUCAAAAAGACACAGCCCACACACGCGCCGAGCGAAAUAUAUUAGAAGCAGUUAGGCAUCCCUUCAUAGUAGAGCUAGUGUACGCCUUCCAGACCGGUGGCAAGUUGUAUUUAAUCCUAGAAUACUUGAGCGGUGGCGAGCUGUUCAUGCAUUUAGAGCGUGAGGGUAUAUUUCUGGAGGACACUGCAUGCUUUUACCUAUGUGAAAUCAUUCUUGCCCUUGAGCAUCUGCACAAUCUUGGCAUUAUCUAUCGGGAUCUGAAGCCGGAAAAUGUGCUGCUCGAUGCGAAAGGGCACGUGAAGCUAACUGACUUUGGUCUGUGCAAGGAACACAUCCAGGAGGGCAUUGUAACGCACACGUUCUGCGGUACGAUCGAGUACAUGGCACCGGAAAUUUUAACCCGCAGCGGACACGGUAAAGCCGUCGACUGGUGGUCACUCGGUGCCCUCAUGUACGAUAUGUUGACGGGAACGCCCCCAUUCUGUGCGGACAAUCGAAAGAAAACGGUCGACGCUAUCCUGAAGGACAAGCUUAACAUCCCGGGCUAUCUGACGCCGGAUUCGCGUGAUCUUAUCCGCCGGUUGAUGAAGCGCCAGGUGUCGCAGCGUCUCGGUAGUGGACCGACCGAUGGACAGGCGGUUAGGGCACAUCCAUUCUUCAAGAAUGUUAACUGGGACGAUGUGGUAAAGAGACGGCUUGAUCCACCAAUUAAACCCGUGUUGGUAAGCGAAGAUGAUGUGUCACAGUUUGAUACGAAAUUCACGAAGGAGAUUCCAGUCGAUUCGCCCGACGAAACGACGCUUAGCGAGAGUGUCAAUCUAAUCUUCCAGGGUUUCACGUACGUUGCUCCUUCCGUGCUGGAGGAAAUGCAGACGCGAGUCACAAUACCUCGUUCGCCCCGUCGGAUGCCGCGUCACCACCACCACAUGCACCAUCUACAACAGCAGCACCACCCGCACAAUCACCAUCAGGGCAGUGGCGGUAGCGGUGGAGCGCAAAGUGCGGGCACCAGUCGAAUGAUGGCUGGCAGCAGUUCGGCAAUGGAGAAUGGUUUCCAGAUGGCACCGCACCAGCUGCACCAUCCGCACCAACAUCCGCACCAGCGACGGGUGGCACCGAACCAGCACCAGCAUCACCAGCAGCCCAUCGGCCAACCGGCUCAUCAACCAGGCCACAAUCAGGCGCAACCCGGUCAGGGCAGUAUGGCUGGUGGUCCGUCUACGGGUAGCAGACCGUUCAAUGCCGGUGCGCCAAGCCUCGCCCUACGAACGCCACCCCAUCUGCAACCGUUUGCACCGCGACCCUCGCCACAGGACGAAAUGAUGGAUGUGUAUCCGGAAGUAGCCAUCUCCUUAGGCAACACUGGAUGA